AUGGUCCGGGAGGUGUGGGCUACCACAUCAGACCCGAGCCUGCGCCUGAAGUGGUCAGAGGUCCCGCUCACUUUCAGCCAAGCCGACCACCCCACGUGCGUCCAACACCCUAGUCGCUACCCCAUCGUGGUCGAACCCACGGUGCAGAAUAUCCGUCUGGGCCGCGUGCUCGUCGACACCGGAAGCUCGGUCAACCUCCUCUUUGUCGACACACUAGAUGCCCUGCAUAUUUCGAGAAGCUCGUUAAGGCCAUCCCCACCUUUCUUCGAGAUCACUCCGGGCACUUCGGCCAAGCCACUGGGGCAAAUCGAGUUGCCCGUUACCUUCGGCUCUCUGGUAAACUUCAGGACCGAAAGAGUCCUUUUCGAUGUGGCUAACUUCGGGACCGCGUAUAACACGAUCCUAGGCCGACCAGCGAUGACCCAGUUUAUGGCCAUUACCCACUAUGCAUACCAGGUGAUCAAAAUCCUUGAGCCAACAUGGGCCAUCACCAUUAAUGGCAGCUCCAAGACAGCCCUGCACUACGACAAGAGGAGCCUCGACAUGGUCGAGCUGACUCCCGGGUCGCAUCCCUUGACCAUGGAACCUAGAGGGCGGCCGAAAAAAGUCCAUAUCGUCGCUAGCCCCGACGAUCGGCUCAAAGCAGUGAGUCUGGAUGACACCAACCCAACCAAGUCGGUCCAGAUAGGGGCCACCCUGGACUCCAAAUAG